ACGUGUUAAAAACAACAACAAAACUACACAUCCCAGAAUGCACCGCGGCUCCACCGUCCCUUUGUUGCCGGAAAGCUGUAUGAGAAUGCUAGGACACAAUGAUCUUCCGAGUGCCUGCAGGUUGGAUAAUGGAGGUUCAACCCAGGAAGAGGAGGAAGAGCAUGCUGAGAAGAUCAUCUCAAACCCAGACGGUCUGUUCCCCAACUGUUCCCAGACGGCGGCUGGUUUUCUUCAGGCUGAGCUGGAACUCAGCGCCCGGCUGCGCACUUUGACCUUUAAGGAUCCGGUGCGUUAUGUGUACAACCCGCUGGAGUACGCAUGGAACACACACCAUCUCUUUGUUGAGAAAUACUGCCACAGCGGACAGAGCGUCCUGUUCCUGGGGAUGAACCCUGGGCCCUUCGGCAUGGCGCAGACCGGAGUUCCAUUCGGUGAGGUAAAGGCUGUGCGCGACUGGCUGAAGAUCUCCGGCGAGGUGGGUCAUCCUCCUAACGAGCAUCCGAAACGUCCAAUCAGAGGCUUUCUCUGCUCUCAGAGUGAAGUGAGCGGCGCUCGGUUCUGGAGUUUCUUCCAGCAGCUCUGUGGAGAACCUGAACGCUUUUUCCGCCACUGUUUUGUCCAUAACUUGUGCCCGCUGAUGUUUAUGAGUGAGACAGGGAGGAAUGUGACGCCCCCCGAGAUGCCCGCUGAGGACCGAGACGCCCUGUUGGUCCACUGUGAUGCCGCGCUGUGCCAGGUGGUACGUGCCCUUGGCGUGUCCAUGGUGAUCGGUGUGGGCAAGGUGGCAGAGCAGCGAGCACGGCGUGGCCUUGCUGAAGCCGGACUGCAAGUGAAGGUGGAGGGAAUCAUGCAUCCUUCACCCAGGAACCCACUGGCCAAUAAGGGCUGGGCUUCUGUGGCUCGAGCCAAAUUAGAGCAAAUGGGGGUGUUGGGUUUGUUCACAGAGUGACUAAAUACUCACAGAAUGUUUUUAUUUGUAAAUAUUGUUUUAUAUAAAGAACACUACACUACACCCAGAGCGCCUUUUACCUCAAAUAUCAUCAAUCAGACGAGUCUGUGGCUGGAACUCGCCUCACAAUGCAAUGCUAAUUAGCUAACAGUCAAUAGAAGUGUAUAGCCUCCAGUUUAGCUUCCCUUUAGUGGUGUGUGUUUAUUUUAAAAUCACAUCAUGGUCACAAAAAGAAAGGAAGAAAAUACAAACAUGAACUCAAAUGGAAUCAUGUGCAAUAGAAAGACAGACGAAAUAAAAAUGACAACAGAACGUUGUAAAGAAAAGAAAAAACGAAAGAAAGAACGAGAAACACAUCUUUUCUGUGCUGAAUGAAUCUGUAAAUUUUAUAUAGAGAAAGUGGGCGGAGUCUUUUCUGUAUUGUAUUUUCAUGUGUCACAGGCUUUUAUACUUGUUUUAUUAAAUCUGGUCCAUUAAAAGACGUUUUAUUAAAAUCCAGUCCGAGCAGAUCGGCUAAUUACGUUAUGAUUAGAUGAACAUUUUUCUGUCAUUUAAACGGAUCAUCAGACGCUGUAAUGUUCUGUAAAAAUCUUAUUUGUCUUAGAACAUGUGACUACAUUAAAAAUGAGUUCUUUUCUCUCCA